AGCUUUUCGUCACUCAGCUGAGCAAGUCGUGGUGUUUUUUCAUGACCGGCAAUUAAUAACAAUAACAAAUUUAGAAUGUCCAACAAACCAGUUCUCUACUAUGCGCCACGCAGUGCCCCUUGCCGCGCUGUGUUGUUGACAGCCGCCGCCUUAAACAUUGAGUUGGAUCUGCGCACUGUCAAUGUUAAGGCUGGUGAGCACUUGACACCAGAGUUUCUUAAGCUGAACCCGCAACACACGAUCCCAGUGUUGGAUGACAAUGGCACCGCUGUGAGCGAUUCCCAUGUUAUUUGUAGCUAUCUAGCUGAUAAAUAUGCUGGUGUAAAUGACUCGCUGUAUCCCAAGGAUCCAGUGAAGCGUCGCACUGUGGAUGCUCGUCUCUUCUACGAUUGUGGUCAUCUGUUUCCACGCGUGCGUUUCAUUGUGGAGCCAGUCAUCUACUUUGGUGUCGCCGAAGUGCCCGAGGAUCGUAUUACGUAUAUGCAAAAGGCAUACGAUGGUUUGGAGCACUGUCUGACCACAGCUCCGUACUUGGCUGGCUCGGAGUUGACCAUUGCGGAUUUGUGCAGCGUUUCAAGCGUUUCAACAGCAGCUGCUUUUGCGCCCAUCGAUGCCGAGAAGUAUCCCAAGUUGUCGGAAUGGUUGCAGCGUCUGCAGGCUUUGCCCUACUACAAGGAAAACAAUCAGGAGGGAUUGGACAUGUUGGUGAACUUGGUCAAGGGUCUGCUGGCCGAACGUAAGGCCUAAAUGGUUGGCCAUCAAUCAAUUUGCCUGGGAGUAUAACUAAUACGAUUACAAUAUAUAUUUUCUGUUCGAUUUCA